AUGGCGAGGCUGCGGGAUUGCCUACCCCGCCUGAUGCUCACGCUCCGGUCCCUGCUCUUCUGGUCCCUGGUCUACUGCUACUGCGGGCUCUGCGCCGCCAUCCACCUGCUCAAACUUUUGUGGAGCCUCGGGAAGGGGCCGGCGCAGACCUUCCGGCGGCCAGCCCGGGAGCACCCUCCCGCGUGCCUGAGCGACCCCUCCUUGGGCACCCACUGCUACGUGCGGAUCAAGGAUUCAGGAUUAAGAUUUCACUAUGUUGCUGCUGGAGAAAGAGGCAAACCACUUAUGCUGCUGCUUCAUGGAUUUCCAGAAUUCUGGUAUUCUUGGCGUUACCAACUGAGAGAAUUUAAAAGUGAAUAUCGAGUUGUAGCACUGGAUUUGAGAGGUUAUGGAGAAACAGAUGCUCCCAUUCAUCGACAGAAUUAUAAAUUGGAUUGUCUAAUUACAGAUAUAAAGGAUAUUUUAGAUUCUUUAG